UAGAGAAGCUACUUACUCAUAGUUUUGUUUACAUUAGUAAUUAGCAUCAUUGCAAAUAAGAAACAAAAUCAAAAUACAAGAAUGGCAUCAUCAAGGGAUUACGGAGACCCUCUUCUUGUUGGUGGUAUAAUUGGGGAUGUUCUGAACCCUUUUACGAGCACAGUUUCUCUUAAGGUUCUCAUUAACAACAGAGAGAUUAACAAUGGCUGUGAACUGAGGCCCUCUCAUGUUGUUAACCGCCCUAGGAUUACUAUUGGUGGUGAAGACCUCAGGACCUUCUACACACUGGUUAUGGUGGAUGCUGAUGCACCUAGCCCUAGUAACCCUUUCUUGAGGGAAUACUUGCACUGGAUGGUGACAGAUAUUCCGGCUACCACAAACACCACCUUCGGUAAGUACGGACACUCUAUUUCUGCGUUCUCAAAUAGGAUUCACCGAUUUAUAAUUGUAUUAUUCAAGCAACUGGGAAGAGACACUGUUUUCCCCCCUGAAUGGCGUCACAAUUUCAACACCAGAGAUUUUGCUUGCAACAAUAGCUUGGCUCCUGUUGCUGCAGUUUAUUUCAACUGUCAAAGGGAGCGUGGUUGUGGUGGAAGAAGGAUGGAAUAAGAUGAUGAUCAGAUCAUGAAGAUCAUAUCAUCAACGCUAAUGUUAUCCCUGGGAACACCUCCACUAAAAAUGAAUAUUAAUAAUUAAAUAAUUGAGUGUUCUCUCUAUCUGUACUUUAUAUUUCCUGCCUAGUUAAUAAUAAUCAACUCAUUUAAAAGGGGAGGUUACUUAGCUUCUUCUUUUAAGAUUAGAGCUUCUUUGUUGUUAAGAAAUUUGAA